AUGGAGAAAGCGGAAGGAAGAAAUGAAACCCUGAUCAUGGAAUUCAUCCUCUUAGGAUUUGGGAAUGCCCCCGAACUGCAGACCCUUCUCUUCCUGCUGUUUCUAGUGAUCUACAUUGUGACUAUGGUCGGGAACAUCCUCAUCAUUAUCCUAGUUGUGGCUGAUCAGCACCUUCACACCCCCAUGUAUUUCUUCCUGGGGAACUUGGCCUGCUUGGAGAUCUGCUACACCUCCACCAUCCUGCCCAGGCUGCUGGCCAGUCUCCUGACUGGGGAUGGAACCAUUUCUGUUAAGUGCUGCCUUGUGCAAACAUAUUUUUUUGCUAUCAUAGCAACGACAGAAAAUCUGCUGCUCGCAGCAAUGUCUUACGAUCGGUAUUUAGCAAUAUGCAAUCCACUCCGCUAUGCUGCUCUGAUGAAUGGCAGGGUUUGUUUCCAGCUAGUGGCAGAGUCCUGGGUAUAUAGUUUUCUGGUCAAUGGCACACUAAAUUAUUUCUUGUUCCCAUUAACAUUCUGUGGUUCCAAAGAAAUUGACCAUUUCUUUUGUGAUUUUUCACCCAUGAUAAAGCUGUCUUGUGGUGACACCCAGACUCUGCAACUGGCGACAUUUACUGUCUCUACCAUUGGGACACUUGUGCCUUUGCUACUGACCCUGACAUCCUACAUUUAUAUCAUCACCGCCAUUCUGAGAAUCCCUUCCACCACAGGGAGACAAAAGGCCUUUUCCACCUGCUCCUCCCACCUCACUGUGGUGACAAUUUUAUACAUGAGCGUGAUUACUGUCUAUGUGUUUCCAACAAGCAACACUCCCAAGGUCCUACACAAAAUAUUCUCUCUCUUCUACACAGUCCUGACUCCCAUGAUCAACCCUGUUAUCUACAGCCUGAGAAACAAGGAGGUCAAAGAGUCCCUGAGAAAAACUAUUCUGAAACAGGUUGCUUUCAGAAACAGGCAUAGAAGCUUAAAGGAAAAAAAUUAGCCUAUAGUAAAAUAGAGAUGAACUGAUACAGUUUCUUAGACAUGGCCCAUUUCAUUCCUUCAGAAAAGGGUUACCCCUUAUUGACCUUUCUUUCUUUCUUUCUUUCUUUCUUUCUUUCUUUCUUUCUUUCUUUCUUUCUUUCUUUCUUUCUCUUUCUUUCUUUCUUUCUUUCUUCCUGUGACUCUGCUGCUUUUUGAGCAUUCAUCUUUCAUACAAUUAAUGCACAUUUCUUUAUACAAAACUUGAUACUGUAAGAGACAUUCUUUUUGAAAAGACAAACGUUUCAGUAGAGCACUCUGCUUCAGUCAUCCGUACAUGAACACUAAGGCUCAAAUUCUGCAAGGAGCUUAAUAUCUCUUGAGUGCUUCUGGGUCUCUUCCACACCUACUGAUGCCAAUGACAUUAAUUCUCCAGUGAUUAGGAUCAUCUGUUGUCAAUUAUGCCUCUGAAAAGUAGGUAAACAAUGUUGCCGCUGCUGUGAGUGAAGAACUUUGAUUAGGUAGUAUUCUCUGCAGAUCUGUAGCUGGGUAAACAAAACAUGAAAGUUUGUGGAGGGUUGGGAGUCUCAGUGUCCUGCCAUGUAAAAUGUCCUGCCUAUUCAUCCAUCUUUGCAUGGUGAAGGCAACAUUAACAUAUCUAUUUCUAUAUUGAUACUGAUAUCAAUAUAGACAUCGAUACAUAUAUAUAAAAUGCUAACAGAAGAUGUCUGGCCAAAAUUUUCAAAGCUCGUAAGACCUGAUUUC